CCGGUUCCUCCCAGCAGCCUCUCAGUUCAGAGGGAAAGCUUUUCUUCUCACAGCAGCAGCGGGGAUUUUCUGCCUGCACACGCCGGAUAUUCAUCCCAUUAAAAAACACACUCACGACCGAAAGCUGCGAGAGAAGGACACUUUCCUGGGUUGUGUAUCCCUCCCCGUCCCACCUCUCUGAUUUGGGCCGUCGUUGCUUUUCUUCCAUUUUUGUUUUUUUAUUUUUUUCCCUCCUGACUGUCUCUGUGGCGCACUCAGGUUUCUUUUGCUGACAUGGUAGAUUAUCACGCUGCCAAUAAUCAACCCUCGGCCGGAGGGGUCCAGACCUACAUGGAGCAAGAGAAUGACUGGGACCGGGACCUGCUGCUGGACCCGGCCUGGGAGAAACAGCAGAGGAAGACGUUCACGGCAUGGUGUAACUCCCACCUGCGGAAGGCUGGCACGCAGAUCGAAAACAUCGAGGAGGACUUCAGGGAUGGGCUCAAGCUCAUGCUGCUGCUGGAGGUCAUCUCAGGCGAACGGUUACCCAAACCUGAGCGAGGCAAGAUGAGGGUCCACAAGAUCAACAACGUGAACAAAGCCCUGGACUUCAUCGCCAGCAAAGGAGUCAAACUGGUCUCCAUUGGAGCAGAGGAAAUCGUGGAUGGAAAUGCUAAGAUGACCCUGGGAAUGAUCUGGACCAUCAUCCUCCGCUUCGCCAUCCAGGACAUCUCUGUAGAAGAGACCUCUGCGAAGGAGGGUCUUCUGCUGUGGUGCCAGAGGAAGACCGCUCCCUACAAGAAUGUCAACGUCCAGAACUUCCACAUUAGCUGGAAGGACGGUCUCGCCUUCAACGCUCUGAUCCACAGACACAGACCUGAUCUCAUCGAUUACGACAGCCUCAGAAAGGAUGACCCGGUGACAAACCUGAACAAUGCCUUCGAGGUGGCUGAGAAGCACCUGGAUAUCCCCAAGAUGUUGGACGCAGAAGACAUCGUGGGUACGCUGAGGCCAGAUGAGAAGGCCAUAAUGACCUAUGUAUCCUGCUUCUAUCACGCCUUCUCUGGUGCACAGAAGGCUGAGACAGCUGCAAAUCGUAUCUGCAAAGUGCUGGCUGUCAACCAGGAGAAUGAGCAGAUGAUGGAGGACUACGAAAAACUGGCCAGCGAUCUGCUGGAGUGGAUCCGUCGAACCAUCCCCUGGCUGGAGAACCGAACCCAGGAAAAGACCGUGAAUGACAUGCAGGCGAAACAGGAGGACUUCAGAGACUACCGCUGUGUCCACAAACCACCCAAGGUCCAAGAGAAAUGCCAGCUGGAGAUCAGCUUCAACACUCUGCAGACUAAACUGAGACUCAGCAACAGACCCGCCUUCAUGCCAUCAGAAGGACGCAUGGUGUCUGAUAUCAAUGGAGCGUGGCACACUCUGGAAGGAGCAGAAAAAGGCUACGAGGAGUGGAUUCUCAGUGAGAUCAGACGUCUGGAGAGACUGGAACAUUUGGCCGAGAAGUUCCACCAGAAGGCUGCCAUCCAUGAAUCCUGGACAGAUGGUAAGGAGGCCAUGCUGACCCAGAAAGACUAUGAGACCUCCACCCUGUCAGAAGUGAAGGCGUUGCUACGGAAACACGAGGCCUUUGAGAGCGACCUGGCAGCCCAUCAGGACAGAGUGGAGCAGAUCGCCGCCAUCGCACAGGAACUCAAUGAACUGGAUUAUUACGACUCAGCCAGUGUCAACGCUCGCUGUCAGAAGAUCUGUGAUCAGUGGGACGUCCUGGGAGCCCUCACCCAGAGCCGCAAAGAGUCACUGGAGAGGACAGAGAAGCAGCUGGAGUCAAUAGACGAGCUUUACCUGGAGUACGCCAAGAGAGCGGCGCCCUUCAACAACUGGAUGGAGGGAGCGAUGGAGGACCUGCAGGACAUGUUCAUCGUCCACAAUAUUGAGGAGAUCCAGGGUCUCAUCACAGCUCAUGAGCAGUUCAAGUCCACCCUGGCAGAGGCCAACAAAGAGCGCGAGGCCAUCCAGUCCAUCCAGGCUGAGGUGCAGAAGAUCGCCCAUAGCAACGGCAUCAAGCUGAGUGGAGGAAACCCCUACACCACCAUCACACCUGAGAGCAUCGACAGCAAAUGGGAGAAGGCGAUGGACAUGGUGCCGCAGCGUGAUAACGCCCUGCAGGAUGAGCUCAACAAGCAGAAUUCCAACGACACUCUGAGAGCCAAGUUCGCUACUCAGGCCAACACAGUCGGUGCCUAUAUACAGGCCAAAAUGGAGGAAAUUGGCAGGAUAUCCAUUGAAAUGAACGGCACUCUGGAGGACCAGCUCACCAGCCUGAAGGAGUACCAGCAGAACAUCAUGUCUUACAUGCCUGAGAUUAAUACACUGGAGGGAUACCAUCAGCUCAUCCAGGAGGCCCUCAUCUUUGACAACCAAUAUACUUCCUACACAAUGGAGCACCUCCGUGUGGGUUGGGAGCAGCUGCUCACCACCAUCGCCAGAACCAUCAACGAGGUUGAGAACCAGAUCCUGACGCGUGACGCCAAAGGCAUCAGCCAAGAGCAGCUUUAUGAGUACCGCGCCUCCUUCAACCACUUUGACAAGGACCACAGCGGGGCCCUGCAGGCCGAGGAGUUCAAGGCCUGUUUGAUCAGUCUGGGCUACGAUGUGGAGAACGACAAGCAGGGCGACAGUGAGUUCGCUCGCAUCAUGGGCAUAGUGGACCCCAACGGCAGCGGUGCUGUCACCUUCCAGGCCUUCAUUGACUUCAUGUCCAGGGAAACGACCGACACAGACACCGCAGACCAGGUCAUCGCCUCCUUCAAGAUCCUGGCCGCUGAUAAGAAUUUCAUCACGGCCGAAGAGCUGAGGAGGGAGCUCCCCCCUGACCAGGCGGAAUACUGCAUCGCUCGCAUGGCACCCUACACGGGACCAGACGCCGCCCCCGGAGCUCUCGACUACAUGUCCUUCUCCACCGCUCUGUACGGAGAGAGCGACCUGUAGAGGAGGCAAGAGGAAGAGGAGGGCUGGACAAACAAGGGAGGGAAGGAGGGAGGGAGAGAAGGAAGAGAGGAGGGAGGUAGAGAGUUACUCUGUGCGUAGGGAAGACGCCAGGAAUCGAGCGUUUGGAAGAAUUUGAG